AUUAACUAUCUGUCGAGUGGUUGUUAUUAUGCGGUUUUGCUUAAUUUUGACUUUAACUAUUUGCGUAUCCGUAAAAACGUUUUUUUGGAAUUAAAAUUUAUGGCCCAAAGUCUUCAUGAAAUCAAUUUAAGUUCGCUAUCGUGGAAAAAUAUUAAAAAUGAUAGCCUUGAUCUCGAAUAUGCCGUAACUAUCCCAAGGUCAAUUGCUAAUACUUUAUUAAAGGAACUUGAAGAAACUCUGUGUUAUUAUACUGGAGAUCUAGCGAAAAUAAAAGUUUUUGGUAAGAUUUAUCCGUUACCUCGCCAACAAGUGGCCUUUGGUGAUCCUGGUAUAUCUUAUACGUAUUCUGGAAUCACAGUUCCGGCCUUGCCAUGGACUCCUGCAAUACUCAGUAUAAGAGACUUUUUGUUCAAAUUGAAGGGUAUUAAAUAUGACUUUGUCUUGGUAAAUAAGUACAGAAAUGGAAACGAUCACAUGGGUGAACAUAGAGACAAUGAACCCGAUCUUGAUCCAAAUUUUCCAAUAGCUUCUGUUUCUUUUGGAGCGGAAAGACCGUUCAUAUUAAAACAUAGAGAUGCAAGGAAGCCAGGACCAAAUAAAAAAGCGAUACCAAAGAUUACAAUCAAUUUGGAGCAUGGGAGUGUACUAUUGAUGAAUCCACCUACAAAUGAAGUGUGGUAUCAUAGUUUGCCUACUCGUAAAAGGAUACUGGGUGCAAGGAUAAAUUUAACUUUUCGUAAAAUGCGUACAAAAAACAUUUCAUAAUAAAGUGAUGUUUUCAUA